AUGUCCGGCUCCGCAGUGGUAGGUGUGAUUGUGGAAUCUCUUUCCGAGCAAUGCGAUCAACACCAGUCCGAAGCGACGACUACCCAAGAUGGCUCCUACCGUAUCCGAGGCUUGAAACCUGACUGCCAGUACAAGGUCUCGAUCAAAGCUGGAGCAGAUGGUGCUGCAGCUCCACACUGUUUCCCUUCACAAUUCGAAGUUCGUAUGACUGCAGAAGACCUGAAAGGACUCGACAUGGUAGCAGCCCCUUACGAUAUGAGCACAGACUUGGCUGUUGAGAUGGAAUUUGGCACGAUGAGCAUACCUCCAUCUUACCGAGUAUCUGUUCAACGAGAAGGUGAAACAAUCACCCAAUCCGUUGUACAUGCUCCAGUUACUGUGUUCUAUCUGAACAACUUACCUCGUGACGGAAGAGAGUACUCAGUGAGAGUUGAGCCAGAUCGACAACAUCAAACAUUUCCAGCAAAGACAGUGUUCUUCACGACGGAUGCACCAGUACGGGUGGUACGCAUACCAAUCACAUCAUCGAAACGAUCUGGAGAAGUAGAAAUUAGCGCUGGAUCGUUGUUAGCAUUGCCGUUCUUUGGACUUCUGGCUUUAAUUUUCUUCAAUCAG